UAUGCAGCAGUGCAGCCUACUUGUUUGGGGUUCUGAUGGAGAGUGAGACUAUUCGGCAGAGCCUGAGAGAAUGUAGUCAUGAGAGCAAUGGCAGUUUGGUGGCUGUCUUGGGACAGCUCCUGACCAAAGAUGAUCCAGACAUUGUCAUGAAUUCUGCAGGGGCCAUAGCCUCUUUGGUGGAGAGCUCCGAGGGCCGUCAGUGGCUACUGGCCCAGCCGGAGGUGUUGGGCCAGGUCCUGGAGAGCCUGUCUCACCUGCUGGGCCACGCCAGGGAGGGCAUGGUCAACUCGGCUGCUCUGAUUCUCGCCCAGCUGUCCCUGUGCGAGGAGGCCUGCCGGAGCCUGUUGAGCCAGCCCUCGGCCACCAGGACCCUGGGUCGACUGGCGCAGUGCCUGGCACACAGCGACACAGACACAGCCAUGAAUGCAGCCUUUGCAGUGGGCCGCUUGUGUGGCAGUGAGCAGGGCAGGACUCUUAUCUUGGCACAGGCCAGAGAACAUCAGCUGCUCAGCAGUCUGCAGGCGCUAUUGUGCUCAGGGGCGGGCCCAGAGGCGGGGCAGACGGCCUGCUUUGCACUCAGUUGCCUGGCAACGGAGGAAGACGGGCAUGCCCUGGUGCUGGACAGCCCUUCCUUUCCCGCGCUGCUGGACGGCCUCCUGCAGCUGUUGCAGAGACCGGAGCACGACAGCGCUUGGUUUGCUGCUUUGACAGCCAAAGUGCUCGUCUCUCGACCCCUGGGAGUGCUGAGAGUGAGAGAACACGGUCUACUGGAGAAGCACCUACAGGCCCUGUCCCUCUCUCCCUCCUCGGGGCCUGAGCUCCAGGAGGAGGUGAAUGCCUGUCUGAGGAAGCUGCAGCGCCUCCCCAAGCCCGUUCCCGUCACUGUCUGCCUGCUGCAGCAGGGUGGGUGCAGGGUGUCCUGGGAGAAGUGCACUCCAGAGAGCGGCCUGGAAGUCACGUACUGUCUCCAGGAUAAAGACACAGUGCUCUACCAUGGCCCUCUGUGUAACACCACCAUCCCACCCUCAACCCUCCUCCGAGCGGACCGGCCCACACUCUCACUGAGGCUCAGUCACUCCACCUCUGAUGGGGAUGUCAGUCCUCUCAGCGAGCCGGUGGUCGCCGAGUCCGACAGGGCCAGACUCAGGCCGGGUCCUCCGCGGGAGCUGCGCGUGAUUGGCUGCACGGCGUCACAGGUGCGGCUGAGCUGGGUGGCCCCUGAAGGGGAGCAGAGGCUAAAGGGGUAUCACGUCUACCGCGGGGACACACUGGUGGACACCACCACCGAGCCUGGGGUGAUAGUGAGUGGGCUCUCUCCCUCCACGCAGUACCGGCUGCGUGUGUGUGCACUGGGGCCAGGGGACGCCACCGGCCCCUUUGCGGAGGUGGCGGCCUGCACCGCUGACGCCCAGGACCACGCUCCCUCGGCUCUGACCGUGGUGGUGCUCGGCCGGCACGAGCUGCAGGUGAGCUGGGGAGCUCCGCUGGCGCCCCUGGGCCGGCUGUUCAACUACGAGCUGAGGAUGAACGGCGGCGUGGCCUACCUGGGCACGGAGCGCGUGCACACGGCCCGCAGGCUGGCCGCCAACACGGCCUACACCUGCACGGUGACGGCCAUCACCUCCAGGGGGCGCUGUGAGUGCCAGCCAGUCACCAAAAGGACUGCACGAGACGAGUAUCAGCACACACAGAGAUGUCUGUACUCGCCCAGCCACCAGACGGCCGGCCCCUCUCCGCCAGCUCGAGAGGUCAGCACGGUCAGGGAAAAGGUCAAAAAGUCACACUCGCCACCUAAACAUCUGCCCAAGGUCCAGCUCACCGGCUAUCGUCACCGACGGGCAACACCCAUCAGAGACAGACACAGGCACUCCCCGUCUGCAGAGCAAGGACAGGCCUCCGGGAGCACUCAGAAAGCAAGUCAGACCACCCAGGGCCUUGUGAGUGGGUUUGAUGUGAGAGCUCUCCUGGAGAGGGGUGAGAUGGGCACGGAAGUGGAACAGUGCCCACUAAUGGUGCCCCUGAGAUGCCCUUUGUCCAGACGCUCAAAGACUGAGAUUAACCUAUGGGCUCAGCCUUCGCUGAUGGAUGGCGGCGCUCUCAUUACAGCCAAAAUCAGUCCAGGUACUGUAGGAGUUUGUCGGACCAUUCUGUGUAACUUUCUUUUGUUUAAUAUUUAA